UAAUUCUGUAUCUAAAAACACAGGUUUUAGAACAAAUAAGAUAUUGCCUUAUAUACUGUUGUCUGUGAUUUCAAAUUCUCUUUUGGUAGUUGAUAAUACUUGAUUGAUAAUCAUACAUAUAGUUAUGAUGUUAUAAACUUUCCAUGUAUUCAUUUUAUUUCUGUGUAUCGUUUGAAAUACGUAAAUACGAAUACGAGAUUCAUCGUGCACGGUCUUGGUAAUAUUUGAUAUAAAGAGGUACUAUUAGAACGAUUAUAUAUAAGCAAAAUUUUGUUGAUUAUAAAAUUUGAAAAAGGAGAGAUGUUUCGACAGCGAUUAAAAAUAACGUGGAAAAUAAACGAUAGCAAUUCCGUUCGUUUUCAGUACUUUACAGAAACCUUCGAUUCGCUUAAAGUACUUACGUGAAAAAUAUCGAUAUCAUCAGUUGCGGUAAAAUGGCUAAUAAGACGAGAUUCGAAGGAGAAUCUCUUCGCAUGUGCAUGACAUAGACCUCAGUGAAGAAGCAAGAAAAAUGUCAGAAGUUUGCUGAAAAAAUUUCUACUUGUACCAAUAACGUAACGAUAUUGCUGCAACUAUCAUUGCGUCGACGAAAGUUUUAUCACGGACAUUAUAUUUUUCAAUUUGAUUUUACGUACUUCACACGAUAUAUACAUACGUAUGUGCAUCGUCUAUUUAACUACCUUCUCCGUAUUUAACGUAAUUGCCGUUUUGAUAAAUUGUACAUUUUGAUUAAGUUUUAUUAUCUAUUUUGAUCGUAACAGACGCUUUUUCUCCUCUUUUAUCGUACCUAUCCAUCUUUCAAAAUACAUGUACAUAUGUGUGUGUGUGUGUGUGUGUGUGUGUGUGUGUGUGUGUGUGUAACGUAUAAAUCAUACAUGUAUAUUGCAAUCGGAAACACAAAUAUAAUAGGAGAUACGAAUCAAAUGCUUAAUCUGAUCUGAGGUAGAAAGUUUGUUUGAUUUGUUGCUUAGCGAUUAAUUUAAUGCACAAUAAAGGACACGUAAUGGCAGAAUUUCUUUUUUCGAAAGUAACCUAUCUAAUUUUCAUUUCGAUUCCUUUCUAAACAUUGUCUUCUGUUUAGUGGUAAAUACGUUUCUAUGGAUCAGUUGUUGGGAAAUAUUCGUGCCUUUCAUCCAAAAGACCCGGCUCGUGGUAUGCUAAAUUAUGACAUUGGAGCUUUAAGCAAACAUCAGAAAAGUAACUUAAAUGCAAGAAAAACUGUCGAGAGAGGCAAAAAUGAAAUUUAUCUGAAGACACAUCCAGAAAUUAAAGGGUUGAUUUCGAUUUUACUUAGAUACGUAUUAUGUUCACAAGUCUCGAUGAACAUUCACGAAAGUAUAGGUGAAUUUUUCAAUAGACCACGUUAUCAAGUAGUUGCAGAUCUUCUACAAUAUUUUCUUCGUACCGAACUUGAAGAAUUUGGAGAUGAAUGUCAAGCAUUACGGUUCAAAUAAAUCAUGCUGAAAUUUUGUACUGUAAUGGACAAUAAAUGUAUGCAUCGUACGUCUAACGUAUAGUACAAUCAA